AUAAAUGUGAAAAGGGUGUGCAGCUAACAUUUUGAAAAAUGCAAAAAAAACAAACUCUGAGUAUAGCCACCAGGGGCGGACUGACAACUCAUGGGGCACCCGAGCAAUAGGGGACCAUGGGGCCCCUGUGUCCUUGCCCAAACUCAAAAAACCUAUGAAAAAGGUACCAGGGGCAUCUUAUGGGGUCCCCUACUGAACCCGGGCCCUCAGGCAGUGCCCGAGUUUCCAAAUGGUCAGUCUGCCCGUGAUAGCCACUGUCCUUAUAUAGGAUGCUUGCUGCCAGUCCUGGCAGCAGGUGUGUGU